AAGUACGGUGUGCGACUCAGGCUGACACGCGCAGUCGUCCUCGUCGUCGGGCUUGCGAGAGUCUGACGGGAACCGGAGGCGCACGAGACCUGAGUCCAAGACGACUCCACUGUCGUGACCGCCGGCAAGUUCUUUUUCUGGGCUUUCAUUGGCUCAGCUGCGAAGUGAGUCGUGGACGAGUUGAUCUCAGCGUCCAGCCUGGAGAGCGAGGUCUUUCAGGCAGCGCCCGUGGGAUUCGAGGGCCAGAGAGACACUGUGUCACUCCUCAGUAAAAGGCCUCUCCCCAUCUUCAAAACAGUCGUGCAUUCUGAGCCUGCCAUCCAAGAAACUCAGGAGGAGGAGUUGAUAGUCUCUGCAUCCCUCACUGCCCUGGGACAGGACCCAACAUGUCUCAGGCCACCAAGAGGAAGCAUGUGGUGAAGGAGUUGCUGGGGGAGCACAUGGUGCCCUCCGACCAACAGCAGAUCGUGAGGGUACUCAGGACCCCAGGGAACAAUCUGCAUGAGGUGGAGACAGCCGAGGGGCAGCGCUUCCUGGUGAGCAUGCCCUCCAAAUACCGCAAGAACAUCUGGAUCAAGAGAGGGGACUUUCUCAUCGUUGAUCCUAUUGAAGAGGGAGAGAAGGUGAAGGCCGAGAUCUCCUUUGUGCUCUGCAAAGACCACGUGCGCUCUCUGCAGAAGGAGGGGCUCUGGCCUGAGGCCUUCUCCGAAGUGGCUGAGAAACACAACAACCAGAACAGACAGGCUCAGCCAGAACUCCCAGCUGAGCCACGGUCAUCGGGAGAAGAGUCCAGCUCUGAAGGUGAUGCUGACCUUUUUGUUAACACCAACCGCAGACGGUGUCAUGAGAGUGAGGAGGAGAGUGAAGAAGAGGAGACAGCCUGAGACCCCGGGACCCUCUUCUCCUCCGGCUCAGGGGCUAGUCCUUGGCUCCUCUGAGCUUGGACGUGCCCAGGAGCCUCUGUGGAUCUUUCCCCCUGGAUGGGGACAAGGCCGGGCCCUUCUCUGAACUGACUUUCUGACAUAGAAUUAAACCCCUGGCGGGUGGCGACU